AGAAGGCAGCUACACUCACGAGGGAGCAUGAAGCUUGUUUUAGUCUCCCUGCUCAGCUGCCUGAUGGCCAUCAGCGAAGCCAAGGUCUACAGCCGCUGUGAGCUGGCCAGAACACUACAGGAAUUUGGUCUGGAAGGAUACCGUGGAUAUAGCCUGGCUAACUGGAUCUGCCUUGGUUACUUCUCAAGUGGCUUUAACACAGCUGCCGUGGACCAUGAGGCAGAUGGAAGCACCAAUAAUGGCAUCUUCCAGAUCAACAGCCGGAAGUGGUGCAACAACUUUGAUCUGAAGGCCCCAAACCUGUGCCACAUGUACUGCACUGAUUUGUUGAAUCCUAACCUCAGGGAUACAGUUAUCUGUGCCAUGAAGAUAGUCCAAGGGCCCCGUGGUCUGGCCAGCUGGGAGACCUGGAGGCAUCACUGCCAGGGCAAGGAUCUCAAUGACUGGGUAGAUGGCUGUGACUUGUAG